AUGGAGCACACAGAAGAGAGAGAGGAAUGCCAGACAUACGCGGAGGACAAGAUUUGUGACGCAGAGGAACAGCUGUCUGUUGAAGAGAAGAGUGGAGAGGCAGAGGAUAGCUACGUUCCCGUGGAGGAGGCAGAGGGUGGCGGCGUUAGUGGGGACGGCGUGAAGGACGGUCGCCGGCGCUGGUACCGCCUGGGGGAGGUGCUCUCCGUGGAGGAGGACGAGCGCCACGAGUUCAAGGGCCACCGCAACGUCUGCCCCGAGGACAUCCCGCCCUGGUGCCGCCGCGCGCAGGACACUUCCAGCCGCACGCGCUCUUCCAUCUCCAGGAACCUGUGCGGCUUCCUGAACCGAGGCGUGGGCGGCGUGGUGCUGGUGGGGGUGUUGGACAGCGGGGUGGUGGUGGGCUCGCGGCUGACGCCCAGCCAGCAGCAGCACCUGAUGCUCAGCCUGGAGGACGCGCUCGCCAGGUUCCGCCCUCCCGUGCCGCGCCACCUCUGGUCGGUGAGCUUCGUCCCUGUGCUCGGGCCCAAGGACGGACUGCCCACGCACAGGCUGGCUGGCGGGGACUGUGUGUGUGACAAGCAACAUGACCUGUGCACCUACAUGUACUGCUGGUGUGACUAUGAAGCCAUUGCACGUUUCUCUCAUGGGUUGAUACCAAUGAAUUAUGUUGUUGAAAUCACAAUACAGCCAAUCAACAAAUAUGACCAGUGGGUGAAGGAGCUGGACCCCAACUCCAAGGUGACCACUCUUCCAGUGUUCCAGGCAGAUGAUGCACAAAUCUACAUGCGAAAGCACUCCACACUGGUCAGGUACUCAAUUCGAGAUGUUGUGGAGCAGGCGAGGGAGGAGGUCCUGAUCCAGAAAAUGGACAAACUGAUGGAAGCGUGGAAGAAGUGCCGAAUGUCUGAGAAGCUAUUGGAUCUGUGGCAGUCACGUGUACCAGAAGAUGAAUGGAAAAGUAUUGAAUAUAGUAUCAGGAAAAAGAAAUUGGAAAAAAGAAACAAAGGGUCUCAUGUCAAAAUGGUAAUACAAGAUACUGAAGACAAAUCACAAAAUGGGAAGAUCGACAAUGAUGAGAAUAAUGUGUGGGAAAAAGACUAG